GCAAGAUUGAUUUCUCCUUCUAAAAUUUAUUAUUCCUCUUGAAGCACUUUCCAUUCCAUUCCAUGACCUCUUGUGCCAUAAUUUCCCGUGCAAAAUGCCAGUACCAGAGCAAAACCAUCAAAUCGCACUUAGCGAGAGUACCACAAUGCAGCACCGUGGCGGGGAAGUGCAACACUGCCACUGCUUCAUAAACCUCAAUCAGCCCAACAUUCCUAUUAACGCGUUAACUUUUAAGACUCUAUUUUUCCAGGUUAUUCCGAAUCCCCAACAAAAGUCGCCAUCAUGUCGGACGGAUUUUCCACCUUAGUCCCUGCGUUUACUCUGAAGGCCAAUAUCAAGGCUCACCCAAUUACAGGUGCUACUAGCCAACACCCAGGAGGCAUCUCAGUUGUCGAUAUCACAUCUGGUACCCUAAUCUCUGAGCCCGGCUACCCCGUCAAGGUCAAUGCCUCCUUCCUUAGUGGCAGCGACUACAUCAAGCCUGAUACGUCCGGGGACUUCUUUCGCCUCGACGUGAAGUCUCUCCUCAAAGACGAGUCUGGCGCCUUGAUCACCCUCAACUACACAGGCCACAUCCAGACGACCGAGGCUAUUUUCAAGGUCCUGGGCGGGGCUCCAGAUGCCAAGACUACCGAGUUCGGGAAUAUUUCAACCCACCUAACCUUUGAAACUGGCUCCGAAGAUCUCCGUCUUCUUGAGCAGAAGGUCUACGUCGGCAAUGGUCGCUUCAUUGUCGAGGACGGAGGCCUGACCGUCGAGUACAAAAUCAGUCAGGUGCAGGCCUAAUCACGUCUUCGUAGUUAGCAAGCGUCAUCGUAGUUAGCAAGCGUCAGAGAUCACAUGAAAGUGUCAAGCAAAUAGAACGAUGUUGAAUCAAAU